UAGUACUUUACUUUCCCUAAAUCUUCAGCUCCAUAAUUUUUUUUUCCAAAUAAAAAUAUUUAUUGAUACCAAAAUUAAAAAAAAAAAGGAAAAAAAAUCAAAGGUUUUAUUACAAAUGGAUGUAGUGACAUUCGGAAUCAUAGUCGGAGUUAUAAUCCUCUUCUUCUGCAUCGUCUGCUUCAUCACCAUUGAAGGCACCUGCAAUCGCCGCUCUUCUUGACCUUUCCUUCCUUCACCCGCCUUCUUCUUGAUACUAUGUCGUUUUCAUGGAGAAGGAUCCUGGUUCUGUCUCUGCUUCUCGCUCUCUCUCUGGAUCUGUGCGUCUCGAUCGUGUCGUGUCAGUCAACGCCGGCGCGUGAGGAUCACGCACACCAUCAUCACGGCGGUGGAUGUGAUCACUCGCAUGGUCAUGACCAUCACCAUCACCAUCACCAUCAUCACCAUGAUGACCAUGAUCAUGGGGUGACUGCGGCGGCGAAGGAGGAGAGGAAGUUGCCGGAGGAGCUAGCGGAGGAGGAGGAUAUGAGAUUGUGCGGGUUCGGUCCCUGCGUGGGUCACAUUCCCGAAUCCAGCUCUCGUCUUUCGGGUUUUGCUCUAUGGUUCAAUGCAUUGGGAUGUUCUCUUUUGGUCAGCUUGGCUUCUCUCAUCUGCCUGAUUAUCCUUCCCUUCAUGUUUGUACAAGGAAAACCAUCGAAAUGGUUGGUCGAUGCUCUGGCUUUGUUCGGGGCAGGGGCUAUGUUGGGGGAUGCUUUUCUUCACCAGUUACCUCAUGCUUUUGGUGGUGGACACUCUCAUUCUCACGAUCACCACACGGACCAUGCUCAUCAUGAUCAUUCUCAUUUAGAUUCACACUCUUCACACUCACACUCACACUCACAUUCUCUAGAAGAUCUUUCUGUUGGGUUGUCUGUCCUCGGUGGGAUUUUGCUCUUUCUCCUUGUGGAGAAGUUGGUGCGAUAUGUCGAAGAAAACUCUUCAGGGUCCAAUGCUUGGGGCCACCACCAUCACCAUCACCAUCACCAUAAGAGCGACAAGAAGAAGAAAGACAAAACUCAUAACAAUUCAACUCAACAAUCUUCCUCUGGAACCACAACAAAGUCAUCAGAGAAAGUCUCUGACGGCUCUUUGGAUGGAUCUCUUCGUAAGAGGAAGACUUCCACUGGUGAUGCUACUGGUAAUUCAGAUUCAGGUGCAUUAGCUACUUCUGAUGGAAAGUUGGAGAAAACUGAACCGGUUCAGACACAUUCGAACCUUGUCUUUGGUUAUCUUAACCUGUUCUCUGAUGGUGUUCACAAUUUUACUGAUGGAAUGGCUUUGGGAAGUGCAUUUCUCAUCUAUGGAACGGUUGGUGGCUGGUCAAGAACCGUAUUUUUACUCGCCCACGAGCUUCCUCAGGAGAUAGGUGAUUUCGGGAUUCUAGUGAGAUCAGGCUUCACUGUUACAAAAGCACUCUUUUUCAACUUCCUAUCCGCACUCGUGGCACUGGCAGGAACUGCAAUGGUUUUGCUCUGGGGAAACGAACCGGGACAAUCGUCCUUGAUCGAGGGAUUUACGGCAGGAGGAUUCAUAUACAUAGCCGUUGCAGGUGUUCUUGCAGAGAUGAACAACACCUGCAAAUCAACCCUCAAGAACACCGCAUGCCAUCUCAUCUCCUUGGUUCUCGGCAUGUCUGUUGCCCUUUGUAUCUCCCUUUUUGAAUGAUCUUUAGAUUUUUUUUUUAAAUCUGUUUCAUCGAAUUGGAUUUUUGUUGUUUGGAUUUGAACGGUCCAUAUGGAGAUUAGUCAGUUUUAACGUUGCAAAAACCGAACAGAAGAAUGUUGAUCUUCAUUUACGGAAAUACCACUCUGGCGUUCAUGUUAUUA